CGGUGUGUGUAAAGCCUCUCCGGUGUGUGUGAAGCGUCUCCGGUGUGUGUGAAGCCUCUCACUCUCCUCGACUCUUCAUCAUCAUGUCUCUCCAUCUCCUCCUCUUCUUCUUCCUCCAGCUCUUCAGCUCGUCUCUCCAGCAGUUCCCCCGAGUCUGCACCUCCCCAGAAGUCCUCCAGUCCAAACGCUGCUGUCCAGUCUGGCCCGGCGACGGCUCCGUGUGCGGCGUCCAGUCAGGUCGAGGGUUCUGUCAGGACGUCCUGGUGUCCGACCUUCCCAACGGGCCGCAGUAUCCUCACUCAGGAGUGGACGAUCGAGAGCGAUGGCCUUUAGUGUUUUACAACCAAACCUGCCAGUGCGCCGGAAACUACAUGGGGUUUGAUUGCGGCGAAUGCAAGUUCGGCUUCUUCGGUGCCAACUGCGCAGAGAGACGCGAGUCUGUGCGCAGAAAUAUAUUCCAGCUGUCCACUACCGAGAGGCAGAGGUUCAUCUCGUACCUAAAUCUGGCCAAAACCACCAUAAGCCCCGAUUAUAUGAUCGUAACAGGAACGUACGCGCAGAUGAACAACGGCUCCACGCCAAUGUUCGCCAACAUCAGUGUGUACGAUUUAUUCGUGUGGAUGCAUUAUUACGUGUCCCGGGACGCUCUGCUCGGUGGGCCUGGGAAUGUGUGGGCUGAUAUUGAUUUUGCGCAUGAGUCGGCGGCGUUUCUGCCUUGGCAUCGGGUGUAUCUGCUGUUUUGGGAGCAUGAGAUCCGGAAGCUGACGGGAGACUUUAACUUCACCAUCCCGUACUGGGACUGGCGGGACGCGCAGGACUGUCAGGUGUGCACGGAUGAGCUGAUGGGGGCGCGCAGCAGCCUCAACCGCAGCCUGAUCAGCCCCUCCUCUGUGUUCUCAUCCUGGAAGGUGAUCUGUUCUCAGCCUGAAAGUUACAACCUCCGCGAGGCUUUGUGUGACGGGUCGCCGGAGGGGCCUUUACUGCGCAAUCCCGGGGACCACGACCGGAUCCGGGUACCGCGGCUGCCCACAUCCGCCGAUGUAGAGUCGGUGCUGCGGCUGACGGACUACGAGACCGGGCAGAUGGACCGACGGGCAAACCUGAGCUUCAGGAACGCGCUGGAAGGUUUUGCUAAUCCUGAGACGGGUUUGGCAGUGACGGGUCGCAGUUUGAUGCAUAACUCUUUACAUGUAUUCAUGAACGGCUCCAUGUCUUCAGUGCAGGGAUCUGCCAACGACCCCAUUUUCAUCAUACAUCAUGCUUUUAUUGACAGCAUCUUUGAGCAGUGGUUGAGGAGACACCAGCCGCCCCGCACACACUACCCCACCGCCAACGCCCCCAUCGGACACAACGACGGAUACUUCAUGGUGCCCUUCAUCCCUCUCUACAGGAACGGAGACUAUUUUCUCUCCACGAAAGCCCUGGGAUAUGAAUAUGCAUAUUUACAGGAUCCAGGUCAGCGGUUUGUGCAGGAGUUCCUGACGCCGUAUCUGGAGCAGGCGCAGCAGAUCUGGCAGUGGCUGGUGGCGGCAGGUAUCCUGGGCGCUGCAGUAGCAGGAAUAAUCGCAUCGGUUUUCGCAGUGGCGUGUCGCAGACAGACGAGGAGACGGAAGCUGUCAUAUGGAGAGAGACAGCCGCUCCUGAACAGCAGCGAAGAAGAGGGUUCAGCUUCAUAUCAAACCACACUGUGAAUCAAAGGCAGGACAGAUGCGCUGAAACACGUCAUGUGACACGCUGAUCUCAUCCGUAAACCCAAGGGUUGUGUUUGCAUCAAGUGCACUACAUGUGUUACAGUACUCGCAAGUUCGGCCUCAGCAAGAGAAGGAUCCAAGCAUUAUGCUGAUCAAAACUGACAGUAAAUGCAUUUAUAAUUUAUUCUACGUUAAAGGGACAGUUCACCCAAAAAUGAAAAUGUCCUCGUUUACAAACACUUAAAGGGACAGAUCACACAAAAAUGAAACUCACCCACAGGUCACCCGAGAUGUAGGUGACUUUUUUCCUUCAGUAGUACAUUAAAGGAGAUUUUGAGCUGUU